GAGGCGUUAGUCUAGCCGGAGAUCGGCUACUUAAAUCGGCGUGCGCAGCUUCCUAGCCCCUCCUCCGACAAUGGCGUCACCAUUUUUGGGUGUUACCGUGGACCUCGGCGCACGUAUCGUACAGGCGUCUCUCCGGAGACAGAGGGUUUUUCGGGACAGAACUGAUCCCUUGGCAUUUUCUGACAAUCUUUAUGAGAGAUACAGAUUCUCAGCAGAGGGUAUUCCUUAUCAUCGACCUUGUGUAGGCAAUGCGACACAAAGAAGCCGUGCCCUUACUGUUGCGCAGUGUGUCUGUGUUUCCCUGCGAUUUUUUGCCACGGGCACAUAUUUACAUGCAGUUGGUGAUGCAGAACGUAUUGGAAAAAAUACGGUGUGCCGUGCUAUACACAAGGUUGUAGCUGCGCUCAAUAUUUUGCUCAAUAUGUUCGUGGCGUUUCCCAGCUUCUUGCCAAGUCAAAUUGUCAAGGAAGGAUUUUACACACUUUCAGGAUUCCCCAAACUGAUAGGAGCAAUUGACUGUACGCAUGUCCCAAUCACUGGACCUUUAGGGGAAAAUGAGGCUGACUUUGUAAACAGAAAGUCAACCCAUAGCAUCAAUGUGCAGAUGACUUGUGACCAUCAAGUCAUUGCAUCCAGUGUGGAUGCGAAAUGGCCUGGCUCGGUCCAUGACUCCCGUAUUUUUCGGGAGUCAAGUCUUUGCCGACAGUUUCAGCAAGGCCGUUAUGAUGGAAUUCUUGUUGGGGACAGAGGGUAUGCCUGCAUGCCGUUCUUAAUGACACCAUACGGCGACCCACAGAGUGAAUCGGAGACACGGUUCAACAGGGCCUUAAGCACAUGCCGGGUGAGGAUCGAGAUGACCUUUGGAAUUAUCAAGGCCCGCUGGAACUGCCUCCGUGGUUUGAGGGUCAAGCCGGAGAGAGGAAGCCAAAUUAUCACGGCAUGUGUGGUGCUCCACAAUAUAGCAACAAUUCGCAAAGAGAGAGCCCCACAUGUGCUAUUGGUGGCAGAUGAUGUGGUGGACCCCAUCACGGUGGAUCAUCCCACAGGAACGGCGGUCAGACGGGCCAUCGCUAACCAGUUUUUUGGUUCGUUUUUUUGUUUUGUUUAGUUUCCCUCUUGGAAGGAUGCGUUUGUUUCUUCUUUUUUUUUUAGGGCUGGGCUAGUCAACGCGUUAAUUACGCGAUUUAUUUAACGGAAUUAUUCCAAAUGGAAGCACGUUCUCUUUUGGAGCCUGUUUUUUCCCAUUUAGAUUUUCCAAGGUCUUGC